AUGGCCAAAUGGUUGGAUAGUAGAGUGUUGCUUAAUUCAGGUGGGAAGUGUACUGCUGUGGGAGCUUCUAGCUUAUCAAACCUUGCUUUGUUAGCAGUUUGUGGAGCUAGUAUGUUUAGGCUUGCCUGUCGAGGAGAACAGUGCCUAUCGGAAGACUCUCCUUUGGAGCAUGCCAGUGUUCUUGCUUUCUUAAGAUUGGAAAUGAACAUUUUGUAUCAAUGGCUUCAACUACAUUCUUACGGCCAUAAUGUCAUGUCCCAUGAGUGUGCUUUAGAGACCAUAGUACUGGUCGUGGACUGUUCUGAGUAUCCCGUACCCUGGUGUGGGUUAAAACCUUGGGGCAGUUCUAGGAAAAUAUAUGCUGACUGCUUUUUGGAGUCACCUUCUGUCAUCAACCUUUAUAAUGUGCCAGAUGGUGGAUUAGUUCACCUGGGUCACGUGAUUCAAGUGUACACAGAUUCGGAAACCUUUAGAUUGUUAGGUACAGAACAUGCACUUGUCAUAUGUAAUCACAGAAGCGACAUUGACUGGCUUGUUGGAUGGGUUUUGGCUCAGCGAUCAGGUUGCCUUGGCAGCGCAUUAGCUGUAAUGAAGAAAUCAUCAAAACUCCUUCCAGUCAUAGGUUGGUCGAUGUGGUUUUCUGAAUAUCUCUUUCUUGAAAGAAGCUGGGCCAAGGAUGAAGGCACAUUGAAGUCAGGUUUUCAACAGCUAAGGGAUUUCCCUCAGCCCUUUUGGUUGGCACUUUUUGUUGAGGGGACUCGCUUUACGCAGGCAAAGCUUUUAGCAGCUCAAGAAUAUGCUGCUUCAACGGGGUUGCAUGUUCCUAGGAAUAUUUUGAUUCCACGUACUAAGGGCUUUGUUACAGCAGUAAGUCAUAUGCGCUCUUUUGUCCCAGCCAUAUAUGAUAUGACAGUUGCUAUUCCCAAAAGCUCGCCUGCACCGACAAUGCUAAGACUUUUUAAGGGGCAACCUUCUGUGAUGCACGUGCACAUCAAGCGGCAUUCGAUGAUGGAUUUGCCUGAAACCGAUGAUGCUGUUGCUCAGUGGUGUAGAGAUGUCUUUGUGGCCAAGGAUAAAUUGUUGGACAAGCAUUUAGCUGAGGAUACUUUUGGUGACCAACAAUUACAAGACACUGGGAGGCCAGUAAAGUCCCUUUUGGUUAUCAUCUCUUGGGCAUGUCUGCUGAUAUUUGGAGCGUUAAAAUUUCUCCAGUGGUCUUCACUUCUAUCUUCAUGGAAGGGUGUCAUAUUCUCAGCAAUUGGCUUGGGUAUUGUUACCUUCCUUAUGCACAUUUUGGUCCAAUUCACUCAGUCAGAGCGCUCAACUCCUGCCAAGGUCGUCCCAGCAAAUGGUAGAGGGACUUCAGGUAUAGGACAAGAUAAACACCAGUAG